CAACUUGUCAACUUUGUGACCAACGCGGCAGCCAUUUGGGGACAUCUCCUUGCGCACCGCUAUCUGAGAGAUUUCAGAAGCUAAGGCAUCAUGGCCCUUCCGCAGACCGUGGGCAAUCUCCUGGAUGACCGGCUGUCCAAGCUUCAGGCGCGCAUGGAGGCGAUGGAGCAGCAGCAGCAGGACAAGGAGAUGCAGCUGAUGCAGCUCUUGGCAGGCAAGGCCAACGUGCAUUCAGCUGCCAGCCGCCAGCAACUGGAAGAGCUGUCGCAGGCAUUGAACAGUAAGGCGGAGGCUGAUGAGGUGGCAACACCCCAGCAAGUCCUUGCCAUCUAUGAUGCGCUGCAGAACAAGGCUGAGGCCUCUGAAGUUCCUACCACUGCUCAGCUGGAGGUCUUGAAGAGGAUUUUGGAGCUGAAGGCCGAUUCCGCGUCCGCGGCUAGCAAGGCGGAGCUGGCAGCAGCAAAGGACGAGCUUGUUGCUCAGAUGCGCGCAACGGCGGCAUCGAGCAGGGAAUCUUUGCAAGAGGCUGCUGAGAGCGCCUCCGCCAAAUGCGCGCAGUUGGCACUGCAGCUGCAGGGGCUGCAGUACUUGGAGUCCAAGGUGCAGGCUCACGAUUCCAACUUGGAGCUGAUUGAUGCCAAGCUGCAAGACAAGGCGGAUGCAUCGGAGGUGCCCACCAAUGGGCGUCUCCAGGCUGUGAUGAAGAUGCUGGUGCUGAAAGCCGAUGCCGCGCGCGUGCCGUCGAUUACGGAGUUCCAGGAGCUGGUGGAGCAGCUGCAGAGCGCACAAAAGGCCAAGCAGCAGCUGGACGAAACAAUGGAGCAGCUGCAGCAGCGGCUGCAGAACAAGGCGGAGGCCUUGGAGCUGCGGCGCCUGGGGGAGGAGCUGCAGCGCAAGGCGGAUCUCGGUGAGGUGGCCACUGCCUUGGAGGUCCAGCUCUUGAAUGGCGCACUGCAAAGCAAGGCGGAAUCUAAGGAUGUUGCGACCUUGGAGCAGCUCCAGGCUCUCUCGAAGGCCGUUGAGAACAAGGCGAGGGAACGAGCACGGACAAAAGAAAGCAACAGCAUGCACAAGGAAGGCAUUGUGAUGCUCCUUGCUCACAGCUCAUGA